AUGAAAGCCAUUCUGCAACGGGUCCUGUCAGCAUCUGUUGCCGUUGAUGGCAGCACUGUCUCAUCCAUCGGCAAGGGGGUUCUCGUGCUCGCUGCUAUCAGUCCACAUGACACCCCCAAGGACUGUGAUUCCUUGGCUGCAAAGGUUUUGAAGAUGAAGCUCUGGCCUGAUGGGAAUGGAGGGCCUUGGAAGAAGAGUGUACAGGAUAUCGACGGCGAAGUCUUAUGUGUGUCGCAAUUUACACUGUAUGCCAACACGAAAAAGGGGAAUAAACCAGAUUUUCAUGGUAGUGCUAAGCCGGAAGUUGCCAAAGAGCUGUAUCACUAUUUCGUCUCACAGGUUCAAAAGCUGUACGUCGCGGAUCGGGUCAAAGAUGGUGUCUUCCAGGCGAUGAUGCAGGUCAGUCUCGUCAAUGACGGACCUGUCACGUUGGAGAUCAGCACAGAUCCCAAGAAAUCACAAGUGGCAUCGGCAACUCCAUCGUCCAGCGGUGCGGUAACGCCAAAUCCUGAGCCGCCAGCAUGA